AUGUCAAUUUUUCUUCAUGAAAUCUUCUCAAACUGGUUGUUCCUCACUAUGGCUGUGUUGAUCAUCUUUGUUCUAAGUACCUUUCUCAAUCUUGUAUCCAAAUGGAACACCAAAUCUUCAACCAACAAAAACUCACCCCCAUCUCCUCCAAAGCUUCCAAUACUAGGAAAUCUGCAUCAGCUUGGAAUGUUCCCUCACCACACACUCCAAUCCAUUGCUCAAAUCUAUGGCCCCUUGAUGUUGCUUCACUUUGGAAAGGUGCCAGUUCUUGUGGUCUCAACUGCUGAGGCAGCUCGUGAGGUUAUGAAAACACAUGAUCUUGUUUUCUCCAAUAGGCCACACCGAAAGAUGUUUGAUACACUCUUUUAUGGUUCUAAAGAUGUGGCAUUUGCUCCAUAUGGCCACUACUGGAGGCAAACAAGGAGUGUAUGUAUCUUGCAUCUUCUGAGUGCCAAAAAGGUUCAAUCUUUUCGUGCAGUGAGGGAAGAGGAAACUUUUAUAAUGAUGGAGAAAAUCAAACAAGCUGCUCUUGGAAGGAGAUAUAGUGGAGAAGGUGGUAGUAAGCUUAGGGAGCCAAUGAACGAGUUGGUGGAACUGUUGGGUGCUUCAGUUUUAGGGGACUAUAUACCUUGGCUUGAUUGGUUGAGCAGAGUUAAUGGCCUAUAUGCUAGAGCAGAGAGAGUAGCUAAACAGCUUGAUGAGUUUUUGGAUGAAGUUGUUGAAGAGCAUGUUAAGAGAGGCAAUGAUGAAAAUGUUGAUGUUGAUGGAGAAGGCCAGAAUGAUUUUGUGGACAUUUUACUGUGCAUCCAAAAGACAAACUUCACUGGCUUCCAGAUUGAUAGAACAACCAUAAAGGCUUUGAUCAUGGAUAUGUUUGUUGCUGGUACUGAAACUAACUUAUCAGUGCUAGAGUGGGCAAUGACAGAACUCUUGAGGCACCCAAUUGUGAUGCAGAACUUGCAAGUUGAGGUGAGGAAUGUGGUUAGUGAUGAUAAAACUCACAUAACUGAGGAGGAUUUGAGUGGCAUGCAUUACUUGAAGGCAGUGGUUAAAGAAACUCUUCGCUUACACCCUCCAGCUCCCUUAUUGCUUCCAAGAGAAUCCUUUCAAGAUACCAAAGUUAUGGACUAUAACAUUGAUACUGGCACACAGGUAUUAGUUAAUGCUUGGGCUAUUGCUAGAGAUCCUUCACAUUGGUAUCAGCCACUAGAGUUUCAACCUGAGAGAUUCUUGAACAGUUCAAUAGAUAUCAAAGGACAUGAUUUCCAAUUGAUCCCAUUUGGAGCAGGAAGGAGGGGUUGCCCAGGAUUAACAUUUGCUAUGGUUGUGAAUCAGCUUGUUCUAGCAAACCUUGUCUUCCAAUUUGAUUGGACAUUGCCUAGUGGAGAAAUGGGGGUUCAGGCAUUGGACAUCUCUGAAGCUACUGGGUUGGCUAGUCACAGAAAAUUUCCUCUUGUGGCAGUUGCAUCCCCAUAUAAGAAGUGA